AUGAAUCAGCCUAAUAAAUAGCCUAUUUAAUAGCAGCCACAAUAAGCAAAUGCCAAAAGGUAGUCAGCUAUAUAAUUGAAAAAAUAUAUCAAUCAAUUAUAAGGAACAGGAGUUUUGGGUAAAAGAAUAUAUAACUUUCAGAUUAUAAAAUAUUUGGUAAACAUCAUGACAAUGUGUAUUUUGAUCAGGGGGAAAUGGAGAGAAUCUUAAAAAAAGUUCCUGGCACUUAGAAUGGCAAAAUCUCUGUGCAGGAUCUAAAAAAGAGAAUGUGUAAGAAGUUACAAUAAAAUAGAAUUAUGUAAUCCCAAUGCUGAUAUAUCAUUAAUAAACACUGUUUUUCAAGGAAAACAAGAAGUCAGUGCCAAAGAUAUUUAUGAAUUAUGGAAUGGCGAACCUAUUACAGAUUAUGAUCCAUUAUAAGAGUGUCUGAAUUUACUUUGUGAUCAAAACGAAAUUCUUGAUCUUAACAAAAUGAGUUAACUAAUGGAGACUUUGGGUUAUUAAAAAUUAGAUAAGCAAGAUCAAGUUAUUUUAAUUGAAAUUUUUGACAUUUACAGAGAUAAAAAAAUAGAUAAAAAAGACCUAAUGGCUAUAUUUACUUAUAUUUUGUAGCAUACAACUGGAAUUUGA